GCGACCUAUCGUUACAGAAUCUGGUGUUCUGUCAAGAAGAUUUCGGACGUUUUAUCGGGGCCAAGGCUACCUCCUCUGUCAGUGGUUCCCUGAUCUCUAUCAACAUGUCUGUUAUUGUUGGAGCAGAAAUGGAUCCACAGAUCUGAUUGGUCCACAUAGCUGCUUAAAAAUGGAUUUCCCUCAAGAGGGAGAGGGUUCUGUCACUGGAAAUCAGACAGGCAGAACAGCAUGUGCUGUGUCCAGCCACGUGUCCAUGAAAAAUGAGGAGCCCGUCACUGAUGGGCAUCAGGGGGUCAGCACAGGAAGAGUGCUGUCUUAUCCAAGACCACAGACACACAGAGCAGUGUCUCCAGUGCCCAGCUGUAUGUCCAUGAAGAGUGAUUGGUCCAUGGAACACCCUAACAAUUUCAGCAGUGGACCACCACAGUCUGAUCAAAAACCACAGACACACAGACCAGUGUCUCCAGUGCCCAGCUGUGUGUCCAUGAAGAGUGAUUGGUCCAUGGAACACCCUAACAAUUUCAGCAGUGGACCACCACUGUCUGAUCCAAACCCACAGACACACAGACCAGUGUCUCCAGUGCCCAGCUGUGUGUCCAUGAAGAGUGAUUGGUCCAUGGAACACCCUAACAAUUUCAGCAGUGGACCACCACAGUCUGAUCAAAAACCACAGACACACAGACCAGUGUCUCCAGUGCCCAGCUGUAUGUCCAUGAAGAGUGAUUGGUCCAUGGAACACCCUAACAAUUUCAGCAGUGGACCACAGUCUGAUCAAAACCCACAGACACACAGACCAGUGUCUCCAGUGCCCAGCUGUGUGUCCAUGAAGAGUGAUUGGUCCAUGGAACACCCUAACAAUUUCAGCAGUGGACCACCACAGUCUGAUCAAAACCCACAGACACACAGACCAGUGUCUCCAGUGCCCAGCUGUGUGUCCAUGAAGAGUGAUUGGUCCAUGGAACACCCUAACAAUUUCAGCAGUGGACCACCACAGUCUGAUCAAAAGGACAUCCUGACCCAGGAUCAGUCCAGGUGUGGAGUGUGUGAGCAGCUGCUGAGGGACCCGGUCAUCGCCAGCUGUGGACACAGUUUCUGCAGGCAGUGCAUCAGCAGCUACUGGAGCCAAUCUGGUCCAUCAGGAGACUACAGCUGCCCCCAGUGCAGAAAGAGACCCAGAACACAACCCAUUACAAACCCUGACAUGACUCAACCACUGUACCCAUCUACAGACAUGGCACAACCUCACCUAAACCCACUAACAGAAAUUACAAAGCCCUCGAUACACUGUGAAAUGGCACAACCACCUGUGCAUCCACCUACAUCCAUGGCACAACCUCACCAAUACACACCUUCAGCCAUGGCACAAUCAAUGUUAUGUUCACCUACAGCCAUGGCACAGCCUUCGUUGUACCAACACACUGAAAUGACACUUCAUCUGAACCCAUCUGCAAACAUGGCACAAGUUCCUCCAUCCCCACACACAGACAGGGGGCAGCGUCCUCAGUACUCAAACUCAGCCAUGGGGCAGCAUCAUUAUCCACACAUCCAGCACCCUCUUUAUCCACACAUCCACACGGCACAGAUCUCUCCACAGCCUCCCUUAGAUGAGCACACAGUCAAGAGAGCCAGCACCCAUCUGCAAACUGAGCAUGCUCCAGUCAAAAGGGCCAAGCUAACAGAUGAUCAUGUUCUGAACAGAGUAGUGAUGACCCAUAAAGCCAUCAUGAAGAGGAGGUUUGAGAGCAUAUGUGAAGGCAUCAUAAGGUCAGAGACUCAAACACCCCUGAACAAGAUCUACACAGAGCUCUACAUCACAGAGGGAGAGAGUGAAGGGGUGAAUAAUGAGCAUGAGGUUUGGCAGGUCGAGUCAGCAUCCAGGCCACAAACGACAGAAGACGCAUCAAUCAACUGCAAUGACAUCUUCAAGCCCUUACCUGGACAAAAAAGACACAUCAAAACUGUGAUGACCAAGGGGAUUGCUGGCAUUGGAAAAACCGUCUCAGUGCAGAAGUUCAUCCUUGACUGGGCAGAGGGGAAAGCUAACCAGGAUGUAGAUUUCAUGUGUGUGCUUCCGUUCCGUGAGCUGAAUUUGGUUAAACAUGAUCAGUACAGUCUUCACAGGCUCCUGCUUGACUUCCACCCUGAGCUUAGAGAGCUACAGGAUGGUGAAUACAAAGACUGCCACAUUGUGUUCAUCUUUGAUGGGCUGGAUGAGAGUCGACUUCCACUGAAUUUCCAAGGGAACCAGAAGUUGUCUGAUGUAACACAAACAUCAUCGGUGGAUGUGCUGAUGACGAGCCUCAUUCAUGGAACUCUUCUUUCCUCAGCUCUCAUCUGGAUAACCUCCCGACCAGCAGCAACCAGUCAGAUCCCUUCUCAGUGCAUCAGUCAGGUGACAGAAGUACGAGGGUUCAAUGACCCGCAGAAGGAAGAGUACUUCAGGAAGAGGAUCAGUGACCAGAAUCAAGCCAACAGAAUCAUUUCACAUAUUAAGGAAUCUAGGAGUCUUCACAUCAUGUGCCACAUGCCAGUCUUCUGUUGGAUCUCAGCCACUGUCCUUCAGCAGAUACUGGAACAGGAUGAUGGGAAGGAAGCCCCCAAAACUCUGACUGAGAUGUUCAUACACUUCCUGCUCAUCCAGACCACCAGGAAGAAUCAGAAGUAUCAAGAGGAAAGUGAGGCAGAUCAACAGAGGCUCCUGGAAUCACAUAAGGGUGUCAUAUUGAAACUGGCAGAGCUGGCUUUCAAGCAUCUGGAGAAUGGCAAUCUCAUGUUCUAUGAGGAAGACCUGAGAGAGUGUGGCAUUGAUGUCAGUGAAGCUUCAGUCUAUUCUGGCAUGUGCACUGAGAUCUUCAGGGAGGAAUGUGUGUUUCACCACAAGAAGGUUUACUGCUUUGUGCAUCUGAGCAUUCAGGAGUUUUUGUCAGCCAUUUUUGUGUUUCAUACCUACAUAUCCAGACAUCUGGAGGCACUGAAACUAUUUCUCAGUGAAAAAGACAGAAACCUGAAAGCUUCCCUUCCUUUGCAUGUUCUGUUGAAGAGUGCUAUGGACAAAGCUUUGGGCAGCAAGAAUGGACACCUGGACCUAUUCCUCCGCUUCCUUGUUGGCAUUUCACUUGAAAGCAACCAGGCCCUUUUGACAGGCGUGCUGACAAACACACACAGCAGCUCAGAGAGCAUCAAGAAAACAUGUCUGUACAUCAAGAGGCUCAGGAGGGAUGACUUGUCUCCUGAAAGAUGCAUCAAUCUGUUCCACUGUUUAUUUGAAAUGAAUGAUCAUUCUGUACAUAAAAAAAUUCAGAAAUAUCUGAAAUCUCCUAAUGGCUUAUCAGAUGCAUUGACACCUGCCCACUGUUCAGCACUGGCCCACAUGCUACUGAUGUCUGAGGAGGUGCUGGAUGAGUUUGACUUGAGCAAAUACAAAACAUCAGAGGAGGGACAGAGGAGACUGGUGCCAGCUGUGAGAUGCUGCAGGAAGGCUCUGUAA